AUGACGUUCUUGAUGUCUGCGCGAGAAGAACGCGUUUUCAACAACGGUUUUCGACGGCGUCCUUUCGCUGCUUUGGUAGACGUCGCCAUGGCGAGUUCGAAGUUGCACGAUGCUGUUCGCCACGACAAGUGCAGGCUCAUCACCAGGCUAGUGUCUGAAGGGGUCUCACCGAACGCGCUUGAUAACAACGGCAACACGGCGCUGUACGUGGCCCUGAUUGAUGGACCAAUCAACGCUGUGCCUUAUCUCUUGCAAGCCGGAGCCGAUCCUAAUUUCCGAUGCAGCGGCGACGCGACCCCGGUCCACGCGGCUUGCCGUCGCGGGAGCCGUCACCUGCUCCAGCAGCUGCUCGAGUGCGGCGGCGACCUCCGACUCCGCGACGUCCGGGGUCGCACGCCCCAGGACUGGGCCCUCGAGCACAGCGACCCCCAGUGCCGUCGCAAGCUCGUCACCUUCAUCAACACGCGGCGGGCCUUGGCGUACCGCUUCGAAGAUGCGGCCGCGCUGCUUGACGAAGACGCUUCGGUGGCCGACGUAUCUGGCAGCAGUGCCGCGACGACCAUUAGGAGGCGCUUCGCACGGCCCAAGCGACUGUGGUCCACGGAGAGGCUCAAGGCUGACGGCGGGUUCGGUGUGGUUUACUGCAGCCCGUCCAAGGAAACCGGCAACUCGACGUUCGUCCCCUUUGUCCCGAGCAUGUACCUGUACAACUCUGAAGACGGCAACAUUCUGUGGAGUGGUCCCCAGUCUGUCGUUCAGAACAUGUACUGGGACAAGCUGAAGGUUUCCGUGAAGAAGUCCUCCAUGAGCGGAAGCAGUGCCAAGGGCCCCUGCUCCGACAUCCUCAUCACGGAACUGGAGAAGAUCAGGAAGCUGACCUGGCACCCAUACUUCCUGUGGCCGCUAGGCGUGAGCCCGGUGCAGAACAUGGACGACGUCAUGCUCGUCUUCGAGUGCGUUCACUUUGGGACGGUCUUCGACGUGCUCCACAAGACCGUGCCAGAGACGUACAGCGGCCCGCUGAACAAGAACCAGCUACUGCUGGUGAUGCAGCAGGCCUGCGAGGCACUGCUGUUCCUGCACAGCCGCAAGUGGGUUCACGGCUGCGUCUCCUCCCACUGCGUCUACGUCAUCAGCCCCUGUCUAGGGAAGCUGGGCAGCUUCGAGUUUGUGCAGCGCAGCGAGGAAGCGGGCGGUGGCCGACUGCCGUACAGUGCCCCCGCCGAGGAUUUCCUUGACUACUACUACCACUGGAUGGCGCCCGAAGUGCUGCAGGGCAGGCGUCCCAACCGGCUCUCCGACGUCUACCAAGUUUGCGCCGUCCUCUGGGAGCUCUUUACGGAGCAGGUGCCGUGGGGCACCGCAGAUCGCGAGGUGGUGGAGCGCCACCUGCUCCAGGAGCGCUCCGGUCUGCCCCAGAGCACGGACAUCCCUGCUCCGCUGGAUGCCCUGGUGAGCGCUGGACUCUGCCCGGAUCCGCUAGACAGGGACACCGACCUGGAAGAGAUCUACCAGGUGCUCUCGGCAAUGGUGCAGGAGUCCUUCACCAACCUCGGCUUCCUGACCAAUCGGAGGGAGCAUUCGGCCGAGAACACGCGGGUGACCAAGUCUACGCCCGCGCAGCGCGUCCAUUCGCGCCAGACGUCUGUUGCCGACGCGGCAGAACCAACCUAUUCUCGGUCACAAAAGGCUACCAGGAAGCAGUCGUCUGUCUUGCUGGACGACGUGUCGGACGCUUUUGACGAGCUCAUCAGCCUGGCAGAUGACGAUGCGCCCAAGACGCCCCAGCGGCAGGGAAGAACCGUCGACUUGCUGGGCCCCAAGUUCGACCAGGUCUCGCUCAGCUCCAGCCUCGACCCGAUGGACUUCACCGAGGGUGCCAGGGUGCCGACGUUUAGCUGCCGGCACGACAAGGGGUCCUCGGAGGCAUGCACACAAACUGACACUUCAAGAGCUCCAACGGUGCGGCCGCGGACCAGGGCAUUCGGAGCCUCGUGCUCCGCGAGCAACAUCAAGCUUGCUACGCGCUACACCGACACCGUCCUUAUGUCCGGCAAAGCAGAGCCGUCCCUGGUUGCACAACGCGGCGAGAGUCUUGCAUCUCGAUUGUUUCGUCAGAGCCAAGACGUGCUGCAGACGAAGAUGGUGCGCCCAAUCGGCUUCGUCACCCAACCGGCGGGAAGGAGGAACGUGCGCCCGUGCAAGCCGGCCAGCCACUCUUAUGGCCUGUCGCCGUUCAUGCAGUCCAGCCGCAAUCAACAGCGCUCCGUUGCCGAUGCCACAAGCUCGGAAGCUUCAAAAUUGAAAGAGAUGUCGCAGCGAAAGUCAUGUUUCACGGAGGGCAGGACUUCGGAAGAGCCGUUGUCCUUUGUGAGCAGACGACUGAACCUGCGUAGGAUGGACGCGGCCAUCUUGGAGGACCCUGUGGAAGAUGACAACCGCCACGAUGCGAGGCCGCUCGAGCGCGACGAGGCGCAAACGUUGGCGAAGCAGCUGGCACACGACACGUUCUCGACCAAGGGCACUGCAGAUUUCCCACUGCCACCGUCUUUUGCGAUUGCUGGUGAGGAAGGCGACACGGCAGACAACGAGGUGAAGUCAGUUCAGACGGAACCGAACCACGCCUACAAGGUGGAAGUGGUCACCAUGACGUGCCCCGUGGUGCAGCACACGCUGACGGUCACCAGCACCAACCUGAUCACCGGCGAAAGCGUGGUCACCGAAGAAUCCACGGGAGCCGAGGUCGUCCAGGUGCAGUGGAAUCCAGAAGACAACAACAUCAACAUCAGCACACCGGAUGCAAGCUUCAACACUUCUGGGCCGUGACUGAAUCGAGCUCGUUAUCCGUUCCCACGCUGCAAUACCAAAAUGAAUUAUAGUUGAGUUGUUGGUUGAAUUUUGUUUCUCUUUUUUUUUUCUACGGAAUAAACGGGUAGUUUAUUUGUG